AUGACUGGCGACGGUGUGGUAAAUGACGAACGCCAACCUAACGACAGCGACAUAACAGGGCUAAAUGAUAAGCGAGUUUUUAACGUUUCGAGAUACUUGUACAUUCUAAAAUAUUUAUGUGAUCUCCAGAUACCGUGCCUGAUAUGGCUGUCAAGCGUCCGCUCGGAAACCGCAGUGGACAUGCACAUGCACAUGCCGGAUGGCGUGAUGGAAGACAAAGCGGCUAUGAAAAGGGAGUCGUAUUAUAACCCGUGCCCUCCGACUUACUCGCAUCCUAUCUCGUACUCGCCGCCACCGCAAAUUUACGUGAAACCGUACGUGCAACCAGCGCCGAUACAGUACGUUCCGAAACCGAUGAUCACCUACGUGAAACCAUCUCCACCACCGGUCGUUGUGAAACCAGCCCCGGUAAUCGUAAAGCCGAUCGUUCAACAAAAAGUGGUUUACCCGAUCUAUCAGAAACCAAUGAUCUCGUAUGCGCCGAUCUAUCAAAAACCCAUCUAUUACGCGCCUAUGUAUCAGAAAUUGAUGUAUGAGGCACCUAAGGUGUACUUGAAGAAAUACGAACUACCGAUUACUCAAGUGAUUCAGAAGCCUCAGAUUUCAUACCCCAUUCAGUACCAUCAGCCGAAAGUGGUACAGAUCCCGGCGCCACAGAUCAAUUUGGUGAAGCUCGCACAACCCAUCGUUCAUACCCAGCCUAUUUACCAGUCGCCCAUAAAACCGUACUGCCCCUAAGAAAAGUUCAUGGACAAAUAUCACGGUGCGAUUGCAACGAUCGAGUCGAUCGAUCGCUUAGGUCCUUUGAGAACGUUCCGAAAAAUCGAAAGAUAAUUCGGCGUUUCCGAGAAACUUUUCGCCCAUUGAAACGAUCAUGUCGCGAUAGCCUUAACCUGCCAUAACUAUCAGCGUAGUCAAGCGUAAUUUAGCGAAAUAUCCGUUUCGCAAAUUGUACAAUAAAAACGAAGGAACUAUCAAUCUUGCUGUUGAAUGUGCUCACCCUAUCCGUUCGUCCUCCAACUUUCCCCUUUCCAGCCAUUUCGUAAUCCCAGCGGCAACUCUUCUUCAAUAUCGCGAAAUAAGAGCUCUUAACUCGACUACGACCCGAUUGAAACUCGUUAAAAGCUUAAACCCUCGCCCUACACCAUGCAGACCUGUUUCAAGCGUAAAGUUUCGAUAGCCGGCUAAUUUUCGCAAAACUUUGCCAACCUUUUCAUACGCCAGUACGAUGCUGACCUAGAAUUUCAUAACAGAUCAACGUCCUUCCUGCAACACGGGAUUACGGGAGUCUGCAGAUAUCUCCCGUACCGAGAUUGCCUUUCUCGAGAUCUUAAUCCGUCGACCCGUGGAAACUCAUUUUCUCAUGAAAGUUUCCUCGAUUAUUCCGGCAAACCGAAUAGCAUUAUCAUUGCUCUUAAGAUCGCGUAUUAUCUGCUUUUGCUCCUUUAUCGAUUUGUAGACACCGGUUUUCGACAAACAAACUUUGGAACUCGUUACACGCGAUGAAACUCGUUUUCUACUAAUUUUGUCGGCGAUAUUACAAAUUAGACGCAUUACACCGUCAAAGUUGUUAUCUCCAUUUACGGUAGUUUACUGUUUCUCUAUUAUGUACUGCAUCUAUGUAUUCAGAUUUCCUCUUUAAUUAUCAUAAAUUACAUCGGAAAACGUAGAAGCUGCGCGCGAUUCAACGUAAACGACAUGUUCCGUCAUAUCUGCGCCUUCUGUUAGACUGUUCGAUUGCGCCAGAUCGAUGUUCGCCUUGGUCUAAGUAAGGAAUUAAUUACGAGCCAGUUGCGGCGAGCUUUCCAAUCGAUCCCCGAUUAUUUCGAAGAAUUGCUAUUUCCACACCCGUUCGCCACAACGGGCAAUCCUAUUACGCAAGUCACAGCGCGGUUUUUGUAACCGACAACGUACGGGGGUGUAAUUUUCCAACUUUCUUAUUUACACGGUUUGUCGAAAUUCUUAACCAAUGUCGCAUAUAAAACGAAUGUUUACAAGCAGAUUCUUUAGUAAAACUGUUGAAGAUCGUAGGAUAGUUGUAAGACGUCGCUAUGACAUACGGUAUGAGAUACUACGUAAGUAAGACGAGCGAUAUUAGUUUCGUGACUUGGAUAAAAUUUGAUUCGUUAGGAGCGUGUCUUCUCUGUUGCAGUUGUGCCUUGCGAUCCUUGUCGUUUGCGAAGCGGCAAGAAUACCCAGAGUAACCGAGCAACCAUAUUUUCCGAAUUUUCAAGAUAUUUAUCCGAAUCGUAAUUAUCAAACUGAGUCAGUGAAUAACCACGAUGAUGGGCCAUUUUUCGAGAACUAUAGAGCGCAUGAAGGGAACGCAGGUAUAGGAAACGAGUUUUACGAUCAUCGAACUCCCAUCGGUGGCCGAGCAAAUUUUCUUCAUCAUCUCACAAGAGGUAACGAGAGUGUAUUGUUAAUCGUUUCCAAAGUUAUUAGUCAAUCUUUCGUGUUUCAGUUCCGUUCGAAGAAUUUAGAGGCCGAGACGCUGUUCCCCGGCAUUAUGACCGAUUUAAUCAUGCGAUUAAUUACGAUUAUCAGUUAUAAAGAUUUUAUCAAGUUUACGUUGAUCUGAUGUAUAUCGAAUAUAAUUAACGCUGCAAACG